UCGACGGGCGCCGCCGGCGACCAGCAAUGGAGUUCCUGCUGCAACCAAUACGCGGAUCCACUUUCUUGGAAGAGGUUGGAAAAAGCUUGGUACCGCCGGCGCCGCCGGAGCUGGCCUCUGUGGCGGCGGGGCAGCAUGUUGUAGAUAUGGUGGUCGAGCUUCCAGUUGUGCGGCAGGAUACCUUGCCACCCGUGCAGCAGGCCGCCAGCGGCCAUGCGCAGAUUGUGGCAGGACCGGCGUCCGCCGAGGUUAGGUUGGAGAGCUCACCUCCGUCGUCAGAGUUGUCCACUGCGAAGAUGAAUCCGCGAGCCCCUGGGUGGAACAAGAGGUUGAGGAUUGGAGCUGCAGCACCGAGCAGGCAACCGUGUCCUAACCGCGUCAGUGCGUUCGAGAAGGCAGUACGGAGGUUUGCUGAGAAUCCAACGGAGAAUGUUAUCACGCCAGUUAUCGGCACAACGUUCGACUCGGUGGGUCAGGCAUACGACUUCUACAAUUUGUACUCCUGGGAGAAGGGAUUUGGCAUUCGUUAUGGCAAAAGCAGGUUAAAUGUGGAGAGGACCAAAUGCAUGCAGGAAAUAGUUUGUGGUUGCUCGGGAAAAGCUGGGGUUGAGAAGACGAGAUCUUGUCACUGUGAGUGUCCUGCUCUAAUUAGGCUGCUACGAGUGGAGCACAACGGAUGGUAUAUAGCGGAGCACAGGGAUACGCACAACCACUCGUUGUCGCCUAAUUUUGGUGAGACAAUCCACUGGCCAUCUCACAAGCAUAUAGAUGUGUACAUCAGAGAUCUUGUGAAGCAGUUGAGGCAGAACAAUGUGAACUUGGCGAAGGUGUACAGCAUCAUUGGAGGGUUUUUGGAUUGAUGGAGAAUGUUCCGUUCACAAAGAGGUCUUUGCGUAAUUUGUGCGGGAAGAUAAACAGGGACCAUGCAGAAGAUGACGUGAAGAAGACAAUUUAUGUGUUUGCUGAGAUAGGAGCUAAAGAUCCACACUUCACGUACAGGGUUCAAUUUGACAACGAGGGGAGGAUCAAGAAUCUGAUGUGGGCAAGCGAGAGCAGUAGACUGCAAUACUCUUUUUUUGGGGAUGUGAUCACGUUUGACACAACCUACCAGACUAACCUGUAUGACAUGCCUUUCUGAUUGUUUGUUGGCGUGAACAACCAUUUCCAGAGUGUGACCCUGGCAGGUGUGCUUGUGCGUGAUGAAACUGAAGAUAGUUUUGUAUGGGUUUUCUCAGAAUUCCUCCGAAUGAUGGGAGGUUCUCCACCUGUGACCAUACUAACAGGUAAUUUCGUCCUAUAGGUUGUGAAUACUGAACAGCUCACCGAUUGCUCCUAUGAGUUAGAUACACUCGGUAGUUUGUACACAAAGAAAAGUGAAUUCAGGGCUGAAUUUUAUAAGGUGAUGGUGUUGUGCAUUCACAUGUGCAGAUCAGAACCGGGCUAUGGAGCUAGCGAUCAAGAACGUUAUGCCAAACACGACCGACCGAUGGUGCAAGUGGCAUAUCCUGAAAAAGGCAAAAGAGACACUCGGUAGUUUGUACACAAAGAAAAGUGAAUUCAGGGCUGAAUUUUAUAAGGUGAUAAAGCACAUGCUGUCGGAAGAUGAGUUUGAAAAAGGUUGGGAGAUGUUGCUGGACAA